AUGGCGGACUCUGCACCAAAGUCGCCCACACCGGCCUUGACCUCGAGGUCGAGGACAGCCUCUCCAACAAGAGAAGCCUCAGUUGGACCCAACACGGCUCCUUCAACCCGCCCUGAUGCACCCGAAUCCGGUCCUACUGCGUCUGAAGCCGGUCCUUCUUCACCCGCAGCCGGUCCUUCUUCACCCGCAGCCGGUCCCUCUUCACCCGCAGCCGGUCCUUCUUCAACCGCAGCAGGCCCCCCUGCAACCGAAGCCGGUUCUGCUGCGCUUGAAGUCGACGAUACAGCCAGUCUCAGCGAGACUACGUCGAACAUCGACGACCGCAUUUCCACAUACACUGCAUCCCUGAGUUCAAGCGUUGUUGACUACCCGACUGAGUAUGGUCGCCGUUAUCAUGCCUAUCGCGCCGGAUCUUACCUGGUCCCCAAUGAUGAGAGCGAAAUGGACCGACUUGAUCUCAAUCACAUGUUGGUUAUGAAGACAAUAGGCAGGAAGCUUUUUCUGGCUCCAGUCCCGCAGGAAACGACCCAUCGCAUUCUUGACAUUGGCACUGGUACUGGCAUUUGGGCUAUCGAGGCGGCAGACGUCUUCCCCAACGCCCAGAUUCUAGGGAACGAUCUCAGUGCCAUACAGCCUUCUUGGGUACCGCCAAACGUCAAAUUCGAGAUUGACGAUGUCGAGAGUCGCUGGGUCAACGAUAACAAGUUCGACUUCAUUUUCAGCCGUUAUAUGUCUGGCUCUAUUACGGACUGGCCAAAACUGGUCAGGAACGUUUAUAACAACCUCGAACCCGGCGGCUGGGUAGAGUUUCAAGACUACGACGUCACUUUUUACUCCGAUGACGGCACCCUCACCGAGGAUCACCAAACUUCCAAGUGGCUCAAGCUUCUUAUCGAGGCUGUUCACAUGAUUGGCCGCGACCCUAGCCCUGGACCAAAACUAGAAGGAUGGGUCAAGGACGCCGGUUUUGUCGGCGUUUUUCAUGACCAGUUCAAACAGCCCAUCGGACCGUGGCCGAAACACCCGUACUACAGGGACAUCGGUAUGACGAACCUCAUCCAGGUUUUGGACGGGUUGGAGGCGUUCAGCUUGAAGACGUUUUGCGGGAUUCACGGAUGGACCAGAGAGGAAGUCUUGGUGCUGCUUGCUCAUGUACGCAAGGAGUUGAAGUCUGCGGCUUUCCAUGCUUAUACCGUGAUCCAUGUGGUAUAUGCCCAAAAGCCUUACGAGGAGGAGGAAGAGGAGGAAGAGGAGGGAGAAGACGGAGAAGAGGGGGAGGAAAAUUGA